AUGCCUGCAGAAACUGAAGAACCCAUAGAACAGCAUGUUAGGCUCGCUGAGCAACAGAUUCAGCUCCUUGCUACCGAGUUUCAUGCAUGGAGGCAGGGUGAGGGCAGACCAAGGGCAUGUCCUGUAUCUUCUUUAAAGAGAAUUGAGACAUUCCUACACAUGAUGGCAUCUGGAGGCUUUUAUCGGCAAAUAGGAUUUUCUGUAGGACUUGCCAAGAGCACCGUCAUUGCCUACACGCAUGAAGUGGCUAGGUUCCUAUACUCUUCAUCUCCAAACCGCAUAUCUUUGCCCCAGGAUCAGGAAUUUGAUGACUUGGCCCAGCAACUUAGGACUGUGGAUGGUCGUGUUCUUCGCGUCAUCAUGUUUCUCGAUGGUGAAAUCGUUAAAAUCCAGCGUCCGGAUAGAGCUGGAGAUGCGUACUUUUGUGGGAGGCAUGGUAAAUCAUGUGACUCUUUGAAUGUCCAGCUCGUUGUGGACAAACAUGGAUGUGUUAGACAUGUGGUGAGUGGAAUACCAGGGUCUACUCAUGACAAGACUGCAAUCGAAUGGUCUCGGCAAUUCAUGGCAUACCUGGACACCUUGCCAGAAGACGUUGCAAUUCUAGGAGAUCCAGCAUAUCGAAACGUUCAUCCCAGGGUUGUUUGUACUUUUGUGGGGAAUAAUCUGCCACAGGAACAAUUGCAGUUCAACUUGCAGUGCACCAGACUGAGGCAGAUAGUAGAAAGGUCCAUAGGGGCAACUGAAUUGAAAUGGCGAAUCAGUCAACUUAAAGAAAACAGGUUUCCAGCAAAGUAUGGACCGCUUUUUCCGUCUCAGUGCAUGAUUGGUAUUUGCGUUCUGCACAAUCGCUUCACCAAUUUCCUUUAAGAGU